UAACAAUUCCAGGAAUCUGAAGAUUGAUUCGAGAUCCCGAGGUUUUCGCCACGAUCCACGAAGCUCAGGCAAAAAGGCGGCUCCGGUCCGGCCGCCGCCACGACACCCCGACCGACGGUAGAGCGAGAGAUAGGGAAACGGAGAUGGCGCUCACCAACUUCAUCGUGACGGUGGUGGCGGUGGGCGCUGCGGUGCUCCUCUUCACCACCGACGUCCGCAAGUCCGGCGCCGUCUUCCGCCGCAACGCCCGCCAAAUCCGACAGUGGCUCGAGGAGGACACGGCCUCCGCCGCAUCCAAGUCUGCCAAAGAAGCAGUGCCGCCUCCCAAGAAACCUGACGUGGAGAUCCCCAAGGACAAGCCAAAGGAUCACUGAAAUGGAAAUGUUAAUACGCAUGAUAUAUUUUUUGUCGAAGUUAGUUAACCUGUUCCACCCGUACUGAGUGUUAGAGAUCUGUAGAUCCUUGAUACAUGCAUAACAAACAUGUUUUCAUUUUGAGAGAAGUAUUUUGGGCCUGUGUAGAUGCAGAUUAGAAACCAGUCCACAAUAAGAGAUAUCAAAUAAGCAAAGUGUUUGCCAAUUAAAAUUUACUGCUAAAUAAGAAUCAGUUAGCAUAUGUGUGAGUACUAUGGUAAGAAUCCUCCCAUUUAUGGAAGGAGUUAAGCAUGUCUGCUGCACUGGAUAAAACACCCACACAUAAAAGGCUACAAAGUCACUAGAUUAUCUUAUCUUAUUUUGUCUACGAGCUUUCAGAUAUUUAGCAGUAAAUUUAAUUGGCAAACGCUUGCUUAUUUGAUAUCUCUUAUUGUGGAAACGCUAGCAUAUGCUUUCUGUGAUGCACUGCUGUUAUAAUACGCAGAAACAUCACUUCAGAGAUAGUUAUUCAAGGGAAACCCAUUUUCAGUAUUACCAAUGCUGCCUGAAAAUGUGAUCCCUGCUUGGAGAAAGGUGCACUUCUGACUCACAAGGAGCUGCAUCAAGAACUAAUCCAGCACAAUAGUAUUUUUGCUUAUUACAUAUAUAAGUAUGGAAAUUUAAAUCAGUCUUGACAUUGGUAUUGCUGA